AUUAACAUAAGAUGGUAGUAAGAAACAAUGUAAGGAUGCUUCUUUUAGAACAGAAAUACUUUAACUUCAAACCUUCUCACAGAGAUGUUGAUACUAGGAAUCACAGGAAUUGAGAGGUAUCAGGCGAGUAUAGAAGUGGAGACCAAUGCCAUCAAAGAACUGGAUCCUUCAAUUAUUCUGGAAGAUGAAGAUGAGAGGAGAUUUAAACUUCCAAUUACAACAGAAAAAGAGGGGAGGGAAACAAACAUUACAGGACAAGCUUCGGACAAUGAAUUCACAGAGAAGGUAGAAGCCAUGGCACUAAAUUAUGAAACUCUAAGUGAAGACUUGAAUAAAAUCCACUUAGUAACAUCAGAAGGGAAGAUAACAUCACAAGAAAGAAGUUUGGAUGAUGGAAAAGCCUCAGAUCCUGAGGUAUCUAAAGAUGAGAUAGAACAACCAAAUGCUUCCAAAGAUGAGAAACCCUUGGAUAUACUAGAAGAAGAAGAAUUGUCAAACAUGGCACCAGAAAGAGACAAAACUGGUAACAACAUGUCAGUAAAGGACGAUCAGUUACAAUUUGAAGGAUGCAGUAUUACUGUGGCAGAUAAUGAAGAAGCAGUCUGUGAAAAGCAUGUCUUCGCCUCAAGCAGCUCAAGGGAAGCCAUAGAAAUAGAGAAGAGAGUGGAAUUAGACGCAGAAGCUCAAGAUUAUGUGAGUGAAGCUGAAACAGGCAGCAGCAACACGGUUACAGAAAAGGUGAUAUCUUAUACUGAAGGAUUACACAUUCCACUGGAACAAAAUAUUGAGUCACUAGACAAUAGCAGAGAACUCAAAUUUAUUGCUGGAUCAUUAGAAAACGAUGAUGACAUUAAUACCACUCAACGAAACAACCUGGAAGAGAGCUACAGUUAUCAGACUGGUUCUAGAGAAGAACCAACUAUACAAGAUAACAAAGGAGUUGAGAAUGACACUAAUGAGGAUAUAAAAUACAGUUCAGUAGCUAAGGAAGAUCUUGGUAAAGAAGAAGAAGAAACUUUAACUGAAGAGGCAACGGUCCCAGAUUCAACAACAUUACAUGAUCAUGAAGCAAACUAUUUUGACAGUGGAUUUUCUGAAAACAAGAUCACAGAAGAUCUGGGACAGCAUGCAGAAGAAUUGUCCAUGUCAACAGAAGUUGAAAAAGAAAGUUUGGAGGUGAUUGAAGAACCUGGGGAUUUCACAACCAGAACUUCUGAUCCGUCUGAAGAGAAAAUCAAGGAUGAGAAUGCAGAACAAGACAUUAAGUAUGAUGCAAAUGAUGAUGAUGCACCCGCGCUGAUAAUAGAAGAAACGUUCUUGACAGAAGCACAGUUUGAUCACUAUUCUGUGAAGGAAACUGAUGCUAUUUCAUGUGAAAAGCAUGAAAACGUGACAAUUGAAAGAAAUUCUAGCCUGGUUUCACAACCUCUGGUAGUAGAACAUGAGACCGUUGAUGUUUGCAAUACCAGUGUUGAAAUUUCAGAUGCAAAUAUUGCCGAAGUUGAAGAAAAGUCACUUGAGGCUUUUCCAGGCCAAACAGCACCAGGGGUUGACAGAGUCCAGGAAAUUGAGAAAGUAUCAAAACCACAAUGUCAAGAUUUUGAAAGAGCAGCUGAUGUUGAAACACUUGAUAUUCAAACACCUCCUGCUCAUGAAACUGGACUACUUAAGGUAGAUGAAAAUCCCAAGAAUGGAGCUAAUGAUACUGCAGAUAAAGGUACAAAUAUAGAGGAUUAUUCAGCAGACAUAGAAAUUGUGCAUGCCAUAGAGUCUCCAAUUUCAUUAGCGGAAACGGAGAAUGUUGAAAAGGCAAAUCCACAAAAGUUUGUAAAAGAUAAUGUUGAACAUGAAGAAAGCGAAACCAAUGAUAGAGUUCCAGAAAGCUCACUUGACGAUUUGCCAGGUCAAAGUCCACAUGAUGUUGGGGUAGACGAAGUGAAAGAAAUCAAGAAAAUAUCAGAACCACAGUGUCAAGAUUUUGGAAGAGUUGAUGAUGCUCAAAUACCCAAUGCUUAUGAAACAGAUAUAUUUCACGUAGAUCCCAAGGAUGGGGAUGAUGAUACUGCAAAUAAAGUCGUGAACAAUGAGGAUUAUGUAGCAGACCUCGAAGUGGUUCCCGCCAUAGAAUCUACACUUGCACUUGAAGAAAGCAAGAACGCAUCUUUAGAGAAGCUCAAAGACAAGGUUGAACAGAAAGAAGGAGAUAUAGCACCUGAAUUAGAUGACCAUAUACAAGAAAGGUCACUUGAGGCUUUAACAAGCCAGACGGCACAAGGGGUCGAUGAAGUCGAGAAAAUAUCAGAAUUGAAAAGUCAAGAUCUUGAAAUACUUGCUGAUGUUGAAACACCUAUUGUUCGUGAAACAGAAGAACUUCAUGUAGACGAACAUCGCAAGGAUGGGGAUGAUCAAAGUGCAAAUAAAGGUGUAAUCGAAGAUGAUUAUAUAGCAGAUCUCGAAGUGGUUCCCACCAUAGUGUCUCCACUUGAGCUAGAAGAAAGCAAGAAGGCAACUCUAGAAAAGCUUGUGGAAGACAAGGUUGAUCCAGAAGAAAGUAAAAUAGCACCUGAAUCAGAUCAAGUUCAAGAAAGUUCACUUGAGGCUCUUCCAGGCCAAACUGCACCAGAGGUUAACAACGUCAAGGAAAUUAAGAAAAUAUCAGAACCACAAUGUGAAGAUAAAGGUGUUGACAGACACGAUUAUGUAGCAGACCUUGAAGUGGUUCACGCCAUAGAGUCUCCACUUGAGCUAGAAGAAGGAAUGCGGGAAACUUUAGAUAAGCUCAAAGACAAGGGUGAACUUAAAGAAGGAGAAAUAGCACCUGGAUUAGAUGAUCAAAUACAAGAAAGGUCACUUGAGGCUUUAACAGACCAAAGUGCACAAGGGAUCGAUGAAGUCGAGAAAAUUGAGAAAAUAUCAGAAUCGCAAGGUCCAGAUCUUGAAAUAGUUUCUGAUGUCGAAACACGUGAUAUUCAAACACCUCUUGUUCGUGAAACAGAAGAACUUCAUGAAGACGAACAUCCCAAGGAUGGGGAAGAUAAUAUUGCAAAUAAAGGUGUAAUCAUAGACGAUUAUGUAGCAGAUCUCGAAGUGGUUCCCACCAUAGUGUCUCCACUUCAGCUAGAAGAAAGCAAGAAGGCAACUCUGGAAAAGCUUGUGGAAGACAAGGUUGAUCCGGAAGAAAGUGAAAUAGCACCUGAAUCAGAUCAAGUUCAAGAAAGUUCAAUUGAAGCUUUUCCAGGCCAAACUGCACCAGAGGUUGAAAAUGUCGAGGAAAUUGAGAAAAUAUCAGAACCACAAUGUGAAGAUAAAGGUGUUGACAUAGACAAUUAUGUAGCAGAUCUUGAAGUGGUUCCAGCCAUAGAGUCUUCACUUGCACUAGAGGAAGGCAAGAGGGAAACUUUAGAUGAGCUCAAAGAAAAGGUUGAACUGAAAGAAGGAGAAAUAACACCUGGAUUAGAUGAUCAAAUACAAGAAAGGUCACUUGAGGCUUUAACAGACCAAAGUGCACAAGGGAUCGCUGAAGUCGAGAAAAUUGACAAAAUAUCAGAAUCGCAAGGUCCAGAUCUUGAAAUAGUUGCUGAUGUUCAAACACCUCAUGUUCGUGAAACAGAAGAACAUCAUGUAGACGAAUAUCCCAAGAUUGGGGAUGAUCAAAUUGCAAAUAAAGGUGUAAUCAUAGACGAUUAUGUAGCUGAUCUCGAAGUGGUUCCCACCAUAGUGUCUCCACUUGAGCUAGAAGAAAGCAAGAAGGUAACUCUAGAAAAGCUUGUGGAAGACAAGGUUGAUCCAGAAGAAAGUGAAAUAGCACCUGAAUCAAAUCAAGUUCAAGAAAGUUCACAUGAGGCUUUACAAGUCCAAACUGAACCAGAGGUUGAAAACGUCGAGGAAAUAGAGAAAAUAUCAGAACCACAAUGUGAAGAUAAAGGUGUUGACAUAGAAGAUUAUGUAGAAGACCUUGAAGUGGUUCCAGACAUAGAGUCUCCACUUGCGCUAGAAGAAGGCAAGAAGGAAACUUUAGAUAAGCUCAAAGACAAGGUUGAACUAAAAGAAGGAGAAAUAGCACCUGGAUUAGAUGAUCAAAUACAAGAAAGGUCACUUGAGGCUUUAACAGAACAAAGUGCACAAGGGAUCGCUGAAGUCGAGAAAAUUGACAAAAUAUCAGAAUUGCAAGGUCCAGAUCUUGAAAUAGUUGCUGAUGUUGAAACACUUGAUGUUCAAACACCUCUUGUUCGUGAAACAGAAGAACUUCAUGUAGACGAACAUCCCAAGGAUGGGGAUGAUCAAAUUGCAAAUAAAGGUGUGAUCAUAGACGAUUAUGUAGCAGACUUCGAAGUGGUUCCCACCAUAGUGUCUCCACUUGAUCUAGAAGAAAGCAAGAAGGCAACUCUAGAAAAGCUUGUGGAAGAAAAGGUUGAUCCGGAAGAAAGUGAAAUAGCUCCAGAAUCAGAUCAAGUUCAAGAAAGUUCACUUGAAGCUUUUCCAAACCAUAAUGCACCAGAGGUUGAAAGCGUAGAGGAAAUUGAGAAAAUAUCAGAACCACAAUGUGAAGAUAAAGGUGUUGACAUAGACGAUUAUGUAGCAGACCUUGAGGUGGUUCCAGCCAUAGAGUCUCCACUUGCGCUAGAAGAAGGCAAGAGGGGAACUUUCGAUAAGUUCAAAGACGAGGUUGAACUAAAAGAAGGAGAAAUAGAACCUGGAUUAGAUGAUCAAAUACAAGAAAGGUCAAUAGAGGCUUUAACAGACCAAAGUGCACAAGGGAUCGCUGAAGUCGAGAAAAUUGAGAAAAUAUCAGAAUCGAAAGGUCCAGAUCUUGAAAUAGUUGCUGAUGUUGAAACACUUGAUGUUCAAACACCUUUUGUUCGUGAAACAGAAGAACUUCAUGUAGACGAACAUCCCAAGGAUGGGGAUGAUCAAAUUGCAAAUAAUGGUGUGAUCACAGACGAUUAUGAAGCAGACCUCAAAGUGAUUCCCACCAUAGUGUCUCCACUUGAAUUAGAAGAAAGCAAGAAGGCAACUCUAGAAAAGCUUGUGGAAGACAAGGUUGAUCCGGAAGAAAGUGAAAACGCACCUGAAUCAGAUCAAGUUCAAGAAAGUUCACUUGAGGCAUUUCCAGGCCAAACUGCACCAAAAGUUGACAACGUCGAGGAGAUUGAGAAAGUAUCAGAACCACAAUAUGAAGAUAAAGGUUUUGAGAUAGACGAUUAUGUAGCAGACUUACAAGUGGUUCCCGCCGCCAUAGAGUCUCCAAUUGCGCUAGAAGAAGGCAAGAGGGAAACUUUAGAUAUGCUCAAAGACAAGGUUGAACUGAAAGAAGGAGAAAUAGCACCUGGAUUAGAUGAUCAAAUACAAGAUAGGUCACUUGAGGCUUUAACAGACCAAAAUGCACAAGGGAUCGAUGAAGUUGAGAAAAUAUCAGAAUCGCAAGGUCCAGAUAUUGAAAUAGUUGCUGAUGUUGAAACACUGGAUGUUCAAACACCUCAUGUUCGUGAAACAGAAGAACAUCACGUAGACGAAUAUCCCAAGGAUGGGGAUGAUCAAAUUGCAAAUAAAGGUGUAAUCAUAGACGAUUAUGUAGUUGAUCUCGAAGUGGUUCCCACCAUAGUGUCUCCACUUGAGCUAGAAGAAAGCAAGAAGGUAACUCUAGAAAAGCUUGUGGAAGACAAGGUUGAUCCAGAAGAAAGUGAAAUAGCACCUGAAUCAGAUCAAGUUCAAGAAAGUUCACUUGAGGCUUUACAAGUCCAAACUGAACCAGAGGUUGAAAACGUCGAGGAAAUAGAGAAAAUAUCAGAACCACAAUGUGAAGAUAAAGGUGUUGACAUAGAAGAUUAUGUAGCAGACCUUGAAGUGGUUCCAGACAUAGAGUCUCCACUUGCGCUAGAAGAAGGCAAGAAGGAAACUUUAGAUAAGCUCAAAGACAAGGUUGAACUAAAAGAAGGAGAAAUAGCACCUGGAUUAGAUGAUCAAAUACAAGAAAGGUCACUUGAGGCUUUAACGGACCAAACUGCACAAGGGAUCGAUGAAGUCGAGAAAAUAGAGAAAAUAUCAGAAUCGCAAGGUCCAGAUCUUGAAAUAGUUGCUGAUGUUGAAAGACUGGAUGUUCAAACACCUCUUGCUAGUGAAACAGAAGAACUACAAGCAGACGAACAUCCCAAGGAUGGGGAUGAUGAAAUUGCAAAUAAAGGUGUAAUUAUAGACGAUUAUGUAGCAGACUUCGAAGUGGUUCCCACCAUAGUGUCUCCAGUUGAUCUAGAAGAAAGCAAGAAGGUAACUCUAGAAAAGCUUGUGGAAGACAAGGUUGAUCCAGAAGAAAGUGAAAUAGCACCUGAAUCAGAUCAAGUUCAAGAAAGUUCACUUGAGGCUUUACAAGUCCAAACUGAACCAGAGGUUGAAAACGUCGAGGAAAUAGAGAAAAUAUCAGAACCACAAUGUGAAGAUAAAGGUGUUGACAUAGAAGAUUAUGUAGCAGACCUUGAAGUGGUUCCAGACAUAGAGUCUCCACUUGCGCUAGAAGAAGGCAAGAAGGAAACUUUAGAUAAGCUCAAAGACAAGGUUGAACUAAAAGAAGGAGAAAUAGCACCUGGAUUAGAUGAUCAAAUACAAGAAAGGUCACUUGAGGCUUUAACGGACCAAACUGCACAAGGGAUCGAUGAAGUCGAGAAAAUAGAGAAAAUAUCAGAAUCGCAAGGUCCAGAUCUUGAAAUAGUUGCUGAUGUUGAAAGACUGGAUGUUCAAACACCUCUUGCUAGUGAAACAGAAGAACUACAAGCAGACGAACAUCCCAAGGAUGGGGAUGAUGAAAUUGCAAAUAAAGGUGUAAUUAUAGACGAUUAUGUAGCAGACUUCGAAGUGGUUCCCACCAUAGUGUCUCCAGUUGAUCUAGAAGAAAGCAAGAAGGCAACCCUAGAAAAGCUUGUGGAAGACAAAGUUGAUCUGGAAGAAAGUGAAAUAACUCCAGAAUCAGAUCAAGUUCAAGAAAGUUCACUUGAAGCUUUUCCAAGCCAUAAUGCACCAGAGGUUGAAAACGUCGAGAAAAUUGAGAAAAUAUCAGAACCACAAUGUGAAGAUAAAGGUGUUGACAUAGACGAUUAUGUAGCAGACCUUGAAGUUGUUCCAACCAUAGAGUCUCCACUUGCGCUAGAAGAAGGCAAGAGGGAAACUUUAGAUAAGAUCAAAGACAAGGUUGAACUGAAAGAAGGAGAUAUAGCACCUGGAUUAGAUGAUCAAUUACAAGAAAGGUCACUUGAGGCUUUAACAGAACAAACUGCACAAAGGAUCGAUGAAGUCGAGAAAAUUGAGAAAAUAUCAGAAUCGCAAGGUCCAGAUCUUGAAAUAGUUGCUGAUGUUGAAAGACUGGAUGUUCAAACACCUCUUGUUAGUGAAACAGAAGAACUACAAGCAGACGAACAUCCCAAGGAUGGGGAUGAUCAAAUUGAAAAUAAAGGUGUAAUUAUAGACGAUUAUGUAGCAGACUUCGAAGUGGUUCCCACCAUAGUGUCUCCAGUUGAUCUAGAAGAAAGCAAGAAGGCAACCCUAGAAAAGCUUGUGGAAGACAAAGUUGAUCUGGAAGAAAGUGAAAUAACUCCAGAAUCAGAUCAAGUUCAAGAAAGUUCACUUGAAGCUUUUCCAAGCCAUAAUGCACCAGAGGUUGAAAACGUCGAGAAAAUUGAGAAAAUAUCAGAACCACAAUGUGAAGAUAAAGGUGUUGACAUAGACGAUUAUGUAGCAGACCUUGAAGUUGUUCCAACCAUAGAGUCUCCACUUGCGCUAGAAGAAGGCAAGAGGGAAACUUUAGAUAAGAUCAAAGACAAGGUUGAACUGAAAGAAGGAGAUAUAGCACCUGGAUUAGAUGAUCAAUUACAAGAAAGGUCACUUGAGGCUUUAACAGAACAAACUGCACAAAGGAUCGAUGAAGUCGAGAAAAUUGAGAAAAUAUCAGAAUCGCAAGGUCCAGAUCUUGAAAUAGUUGCUGAUGUUGAAAGACUGGAUGUUCAAACACCUCUUGUUAGUGAAACAGAAGAACUACAAGCAGACGAACAUCCCAAGGAUGGGGAUGAUCAAAUUGAAAAUAAAGGUGUAAUUAUAGACGAUUAUGUAGCAGACUUCGAAGUGGUUCCCACCAUAGUGUCUCCAGUUGAUCUAGAAGAAAGCACGAAGGCAACUCUAGAAAAGCUUGUGGAAGAAAAGGUUGAUCCGGAAGAAAGUGAAAUAGCUCCAGAAUCAGAUCAAGUUCAAGAAAGUUCACUUGAAGCUUUUCCAGGCCAAACUGCACCAGAGGUUGAAAAUGUCGAGGAAAUUGAGAAAAUAUCAGAACCACAAUGUGAAGAUAAAGGUGUUGACAUAGACAAUUAUGUAGAAGACCCUGAAGUGGUUCCAGCCAUAGAGUUUCCACUUGCGCUAGAAGAAGGCAAGAGGGAAACUUUAGAUAAGAUCAAAGACAAGGUUGAACUGAAAGAAGGAGAUAUAGCACUUGGAUUAGAUGAUCAAAUACAAGAAAGGUCACUUGAGGCUUUAACGGACCAAACUGCACAAGGGAUCGAUGAAGUCGAGAAAAUUGAGAAAAUAUCAGAAUCGCAAGGUCCAGAUCUUGAAAUAGUUGCUGAUGUUGAAAGACUGGAUGUUCAAACACCUCUUGCUAGUGAAACAGAAGAACUACAAGCAGACGAACAUCCCAAGGAUGGGGAUGAUGAAAUUGCAAAUAAAGGUGUAAUUAUAGACGAUUAUGUAGCAGACUAUGAGGUGGUUCCCACCAUAGUGUCUCCAGUUGAUCUAGAAGAAAACACGAAGGCAACUCUAGAAAAGCUUGUGGAAGAAAAGGUUGAUACGGAAGAAAGUGAAAUAGCUCCAGAAUCAGAUCAAGUUCAAGAAAGUUCACUUGUAGCUUUUCCAGGACAAACUGCACCAGAGGUUGAAAAUGUCGAGGAAAUUGAGAAAAUAUCAGAACCACAAUGUGAAGAUAAAGGUGUGGGCAUAGACGAUUAUGUAGCAGACCCUGAAGUGGUUCCAGCCAUAGAGUCUCCACUUGCGCUAGAAGAAGGCAAGAGGGAAACUUUAGAUAAGAUCAAAGACAAGGUUGAACUGAAAGAAGGAGAUAUAGCACCUGGAUUAGAUUAUCAUAUACAAGAAAGGUCACUUGAGGCUUUAACGGACCAAACUGCACAAGGGAUCGAUGAAGUCGAGAAAAUUGAGAAAAUAUCAGAAUCGCAAGGUCCAGAUCUUGAAAUAGUUGCUGAUGUUGAAAGACUGGAUGUUCAAACACCUCUUGCUAGUGAAACAGAAGAACUACAAGCAGACGAACAUCCCAAGGAUGGGGAUGAUGAAAUUGCAAAUAAAGUUGUAAUCAUAGACGAUUAUGUAGCAGACCUCGAAGUGGCUCCCACCAUAGUGUCUCCAUUUGAGCUAGAAGAAAGCAAGAAGGCAACUCUAGAAAAGUUUGUGGAAGACAAGGUUGAUCCGGAAGAAAGUGAAAUAGCUCCAGAAUCAGAUGAUGUUCAAGAAAGUUCACUUGAAGCUUUUCCAGGCCAAACUACACCGGAGGUUGAAAAUGUCAAGGAAAUUGAGAAAAUAUCAGAACCACAAUGUGAAGAUAAAGGUGUUGACAUAGACGAUUAUGUAGCAGACCUUGAAGUGGUUCCAGCCAUAGAAUCUCCACUUGCGCUAGAAGAAGGCAAGACGGAAACUUUAGAUAAGCUCAAAGACAAGGUUGAACUAAAAGAAGGAGAAAUAGCACCUGGAUUAGAUGAUCAAUUACAAGAAAGUUCACUUGAGGCCUUAACAGACCAAAGUCCACAAGGGAUCCCUGAAGUCGAGAAAAUUGACAAAAUAUCAGAAUCACAAGGUCCAGAUCUUGAAAUAGUUGCUGAUGGUCAAACACUUGAUGUUCAAACACCUCUUGUUCGUGCAACAGAAGAACUUCAUGUAGACGAAAAUCCCAAGGAUGGGGAUGAUCAAAUUGAAAAUAAAGGUGUAAUCAUAGACGAUUAUGUAGCAGAUCUCGAAGUGGUUCCCACCAUAGUGUCUACACUUGAGCUAGAAGAAAGCAAGAAGGCAACUCUAGAAAAGCUUGUGGAAGACAAGGUUGAUCCUGAAGAAAUUGAAAUAGCUCCAGAAUCAGAUCAAGUUCAAGAAAGUUCACUUGAAGCUUUUACAAGCCAUACUGCUCCAGAGGUUGAAAACGUCGACGAAAUUGAGAAAAUAUCAGAACCACAAUGUGAAGAUAAAGGUGUUGACAUAGACGAUUAUGUAGCAGACCUUGAAGUUGUUACAGCCAUAGAGUCUCCACUUGAGCAAGAAGAAGGCAAGAGGGAAACUUUAGAUAAGCUCAAAGACGAGGUUGAACUAAAAGAAGGAGAAAUAGAACCUGGAUUAGAUGAUCAAAUACAAGAAAGGUCACUUGAGGCUUUAACAGACCAAAUUGCACAAGGGAUCGCUGAAGGUGAGAAAAUUGAGAAAAUAUCAGAAUCGCAAGGUCCAGAUCUUGAAAUAGUUGCUGAUGUUGAAACACUUGAUGUUCAAACACCUUUUGUUCUUGAAACAGAAGAACUUCAUGUAGAUGAACAUCCCAAGGAUGGGGAUGAUCAAAUUGCAAAUAAAGGUGUAAUCAUAGACGAUUUUGUAGCAGACCUCAAAGUGAUUCCCACCAUAGUGUCUCCACUUGAACUAGAAGAAAGCAAGAAGGCAACUCUAGAAAAGCUUGUGGAAGCCAAGGUUGAUCCGGAAGAAAGUCAAAACGCACCUGAAUCAGAUCAAGUUCAAGAAAGUUCACUUGAGGAUUUUCCAGGCCAAACUGCACCAAAGAUUGACAACGUCGAGGAGAUUGAGAAAAUAUCAGAACCACAGUAUGAAGAUAAAGGUGUUGAGAUAGACGAUUAUGUAGCAGACUUACAAGUGGUUCCCGCCGCCAUAGAGUCUCCAAUUGCGCUAGAAGAAGGCAAGAGGGAAACUUUAGAUAAUCUCAAAGACAAGGUUGAACUGAAAGAAGGAGAAAUAGCACCUGGAUUAGAUGAUCAUAUACAAGAAAGGUCACUUGAGGCUUUAACAGACCAAAGUGCAAAAGGGAUCGAUGAAGUUGAAAAAAUAUCGCAAGGUCCAGAUAUUGAAAUAGUUGCUGAUGUUGAAACACCUCAUGUCCGUGAAACAGAAGAACAUCAUGUAGACGAAUAUCCCAAGGAUGGGGAUGAUCAAAUUGCAAAUAAAGGUGUAAUCAUAGACGAUUAUGUAGCUGAUCUCGAAGUUGUUCCCACCAUAGUGUCUCCACUUGAGCUAGAAGAAAGCAAGAAGGUAACUCUAGAAAAGCUUGUGGAAGACAAGGUUGAUCCAGAAGAAAGUGAAAUAGCACCUGAAUCAGAUCAAAUUCAAGAAAGUUCACUUGAGGCUUUUCCCGGCCAAACUGCACCAGAGGUUGACAACGUCAAGGAAAUUGAGAAAAUAUCAGAACUACAAUGUGAAGAUAAAGGAGUUGACAUAGAUGAUUAUGUAGCAGGCCUUGACGUGGUUCCCACCAUAGAGUCUCCACCUGCGCUAGAAGAAGGCAAGAGGGAAACUUUAGAUAAGCUCAAAGACAAGGUUGAACUAAAAGAAGGAGAAAUAGCACCUGGAUUAGAUGAUCAAAAACAAGAAAGGUCACUUGAGGCUUUAACAGACCAAAGUGCACAAGGGAUCGCUGAUGUCGAGAAAAUUAACAAAAUAUCAGAAUCGCAAGGUCCAGAUCUUGAAAUAGUUGCUGAUAUUCAAACACCUCUUGUUCGUAAAACAGAAGAAAUUCAUGUAGACGAACAUCCCAAGGAUGGGGAUGAUGAAAGUGCAAAUAAGGGUGUGAUCAUAGACGAUUAUGUAGCAGACCUCGAAGUGGUUCCCACCACAGUGUCUCCACUUGAGCUAGAAGAAAGCAAGAAGGCAACUCUAGAAAAGCUUGUGGAAGACAAGGUUGAUCCGGAGGAAAGUGAAAUAGCACCUGAAUCAGAUCAAAUUCAAGAAAGUUCACUUGAGGCUUUUCCAGGCCAAACUGCACCAGAGGUUGACAACGUCAAGGAAAUUGAGAAAAUAUCAGAACUACAAUGUGAAGAUAAAGGAGUUGACAUAGAUGAUUAUGUAGCAGGCCUUGACGUGGUUCCCACCAUAGAGUCUCCACCUGCGCUAGAAGAAGGCAAGAGGGAAACUUUAGAUAAGCUCAAAGACAAGGUUGAACUAAAAGAAGGAGAAAUAGCACCUGGAUUAGAUGAUCAAAAACAAGAAAGGUCACUUGAGGCUUUAACAGACCAAAGUGCACAAGGGAUCGCUGAUGUCGAGAAAAUUAACAAAAUAUCAGAAUCGCAAGGUCCAGAUCUUGAAAUAGUUGCUGAUAUUCAAACACCUCUUGUUCGUAAAACAGAAGAAAUUCAUGUAGACGAACAUCCCAAGGAUGGGGAUGAUGAAAGUGCAAAUAAGGGUGUGAUCAUAGACGAUUAUGUAGAAGACCUCGAAGUGGUUCCCACCACAGUGUCUCCACUUGAGCUAGAAGAAAGCAAGAAGGCAACUCUAGAAAAGCUUGUGGAAGACAAGGUUGAUCCGGAGGAAAGUGAAAUAGCACCUGAAUCAGAUCAAGUUCAAGAAAGUUCACUUGAGGCUUUUGCAGGCCAAACUGCACCAGAGGUUGACAACGUCGAGGAAUUUGAGAAAAUAUCAGAACCACAAUGUGAAGAUUUUGAAAGAGUUGUUAAUGUUGAAACACUAGAUGUUCAAACACCUCUUGCUCAUGAAACAGGACUACUUCAGGUAGAUGAAGAUCCCAAGGAUGGAGAAAUUGAUACUGCAAGUAAAGGUGUGAAUUCAGACGCGUAUGUAGCAGAUGUCAAAGUGGUUCCUACCACAGAGUCCCCUCUUUCAUUAGCAGAAAGCAAGAAUGCAGAAAAAGAAAAUCCGGAGAAGUUUUUCCAUUAUAAUGUUGAACAGGAAGAAAAGAAUGAAAUAGCUUUUGAAACUGAUGAUCGAUUUCCAGAAAGGUUACUUGAGGAUUUAACCAGCCAAAGUGCGCAAGAUGUUGGUGUUGACAAAGUGAAGGAAAUCGAGAAAAUAUCAGAACCACAUUGUCAAAAUUUUGAAAGAGUUGGUGAUGUUCAAACACCUAUUGCUCAUGAAACAGAACUACUUCAUGUCGGUCCCAAAGAUGGGGAGGAUGAUACUGCAAAUAAAGAUGUGAGAAAAGAGGAUUAUGGAGAAGACCUCGAAGUAGUUCCCGCCAUACAGUCUCCACUUGCGCUAGAAGAAAAAAAGAACGCAAUUCUGGAGAAGCUUUUUGAAGACAGGGCCAACUUGAAAGAAAGUGAAAUAGUACCUGGACUCGAUGUUCAAGUUCAAGAAAGGUCACUUGAGGCUUUUCCAAGACAAAGUGCACAAGGAGUUGAUGAAGUCGACGAAAUUGAGAAAAUAUCAGAACCAGAAUGUCAAGAUUUCGAAAGAGUUCUUGAAGCUGAAACCUUUGAUGUUCAAACACUUCCUGUUCAUGAAACAGGACUGAUUCAGAUAGAUGAGGAUCCCAAGGAUGGGGAUAAUGAUACUGCAAAUAAAGUUGUGAAUUUAGAGGAUGAUGUAACAGACCUCAAAGUCGAUCCCAAGGAUGGGGACGAUGAUACAACACUAAAAACUGUGAACGAAGUAGCAGAUCUCAAAUUGGUUCCUGCCCUAGAGUCUCCAGUUUCUCUAGAAGAAAGUAAAAAUGCAACUCUAGAGAAGCAUGUCAAAGACAAGGCUGAACUCCAAGAAAGUGAAAUAGUAUCUGGAUUAAAUGAUCAAAUUCCAGAAAGGUCACAUGAGGCGUUGUCAGGACAAAAUGCAAAAGGGGUUGAUGAAGUCGAAGAAAUUGAGAAAAUAUCAGAACCACGAUAUCAAGACAGAGUUGCUGAUACUGAAACAUUUGAUGUUCAAACACCUCCUGCUCAUGAAACGGGACUACUUGUCAUAGAUGAAAAUCCCAAGGAUGGGGAUGAUGAAAGUGCAAGUAAUGUUUUGAACACACGUGAUUAUGUAGCAGACCUAAAAGAGGUUCCUACCAUAGAAACUCCACUUGCGUUAGAAGAAAGCAAUAACACAAUUAUAGAGAAGCUUGUCAAAGACAAGGCUGAACAAGAAGAAAGUGAAAUAGCAUUUGAAUCCAAUGAUAAAAUUCUGGAAAGAUCGCUUAAGGAUUUUUCGGGUCAAAGUGCACAAGAUGUUGACGAAGUCAAGGAAAGUGAGAAAAUCUCAGAGCAACAAGAUUUUGGAAGUGUGAGUGAUGAAACACUUUAUGUUCAAACACUUCCUACUCAUGAAACAAGACUACUUUCUGCCAUUGAGUCUCCAGUUCCAUUAAAAGAAUGCAACAAUGCAGAAAAUGCAACUGUGGAGAAGAUUGUCAAAUAUGAGGCUGAACUUGAAGAAAGUACACUAGCAUCUGAAUCCAAUGAUCAUGUUUUGGAAAGGCCAGUUGAGGGUGAUGAGGUCCAUAGAAUUCAAAGUAUAACUGAACCACAAGUCCAGGAUUCUGAAAGAAUUGCUAGAGAAACGGUUGAUGUUCAAACACCUCCUUCUCGUGAAGGACUACUUAAGGGAACUGACGCAGAAGGUGGGGAUGGAGAAACCAAUGAAGAUGUGACCAUAACAGAGAAGACAGAAAUCCAGGAUGGUGAGAAAGAGGUUUUUCCAGGAAUACGUGAGCAAACUGUCAAAGAAGGUGGGGAUGGAGAGAUCAAUGAAGACGAGGAAAAAAUAUUUGAAACCCAGUUUCAAGAUGUUGAAAGAGUUGCAAUCAGUGAUGAUGCUUCAAUUAUCAAUGUUGGAACUUCUCCUCAAUAUGAAACAGGACUUCAGGGGAAUGUGGUGAGUCAAGAGGAAGAAAAUGAAACAGCAGCCAUAAUAGAGAAGAUAGAGAUCCAGGAUGGUGAAAAGGAGGCUUUUCAAGGAAUAUGUGAGCAAGGAACUGUCACAAAAGGUGGGGAUGGAGAAACCAGUGAAGAUGUGCAAAAGAAAUUUGAAAGUCAGUUUCAAAGUGUUGAAAGAGUUACAACUAGUGAAGAUUCUUCAAUUAUCAAUGUCGGAACUUCUCCUCAAUAUGAAUCAGGGCUUCAGGUGAAUGUGGUGAGACCCAAGGAAGAAAACGAAACAGCUGUAACAGAGAAGAUAGAGAUCCAUGAUGGGGAGAAAGGGGUUUUUCUAGGAAUAUAUGAGCAGGGAACUAUCACAGAAGGCGGGGAUGAAGAAACGAGUGAAGAUGUGGGAAAAAAAUUAGAAAACCAGUUUCAAGAUGUUGAAAGAGUUGCAAAUAGUGAAGAUGCUUCAAUUAUCAAUGUUGGAACUUCUCCUCAAUAUGAAACCGGGGUUCAGGUGAAUGUAGUGAGUCCCAAGGAAGAAGAUGAGACAACAACCAUAACAGAGAAGAUAGAGAAUCAGGAUGGGGAGAAAGAGUCAUUUGAUCGGGAUAAAGAUGUCUGCACAAAUCAAGAUACUAAAGAACCAAUCAGUGUUGAAGACAAAUCUGUCAGAGGAACUUACAAUGAGGAAAGAGCACUUGGCAACCCCAUGGAAGAGAACGAGAGAGACAAGGCAGAGAAAUCAGUAUUAGUUACAUUGGACCUACAAAUUGGGGACGAUGACACAGAAGUGAGCAUCAAACCAACGGAAGUAUUAACUAAAGAGUCAUUUGAGCAGAGUAAAGAUGUUUGCACAAUUGAAGAUACUAAAGAACUAGUCAUUGUUGAAGACAAAGUUGUCAACGAAACUUAUCUUGAGGAAAGAGAACUUGUCAACCCCGUGGAAGAGAACGAGAGAGACAAGGAUGUGAAGUCAUCACCAGUUACAUUAGACCUACAAACUGGGGAUCAUGACACAGAAGUCAGUACUAAAUUACCAGAAGUAUUGACUAAAGAGUCAUUUGAGCAGAGUAAAGAUGUUUGCACAAAUCAAGAUACUAAAGAACUAGUCACUGUUGAUGACAAAGUUGUCACUGAAACUUACCAUGAGGAAAGAGCAUUUGCCAACCCCAUGGAAGAGAAUGAGAGAGACAAGGAUGUGACGUCGGCAAUAGUUACAUUGGACCUACAAACUGGGGGUGGUGACACAGAAGUCGGCAUCAAACCAGCAAAAGUAUUGACUAAAGAGUCAAUUGAGUGGAGUAAAGAUGUUUCCACAAAUCAAGAUACUAAAGAACUAUUCACUGCUGAAGACAAAGUUGUCACCGAAACUUACCAUGAGGAUAUAGCACUUGUCAAUCCCAUGGAAGAGAACGCAAGAGACAAGGAUGUGGAGUCAGAAAUAGUUACAUUGGACCUACAAACUGGGGACGAUGACACAGAAGUCAGCAUCAAACCAACAGAAGUAUUAACUAAAGAGGGGCCAGUGGAGCUGUCAACAAUGGAGAAUGAGGGGAAGCUCAAAGAAACUAAGACAGAUAGCAACAAACUUAUAGACAAUGAUGAAGAAAAUGAAAAUCAAAUCAAGAAAUCUAUUGAUUCUCCACAUGCCAAGAAUUCAUCUACGGAUUUACUAAAUGAGGAAAGAAAUGUGGAUGAAGAAUCUGAAGAGGUCAAGGAGAGGUUCACCGAAUUAGAACCUACUAAGCUAUCACUAUCAGACCUAAUGCAGAAAUCCAUGAGGAAGGCACCACAAGUAACUGAUGAAUCAAUCCAAGAGAAUGAAUUGAUAGGCGAUAAUAAAGAAGAGAAAAGUGAGGGAACACAAAUAAAGCAUGUUGAAGAGGCAAAGACAGAUGAAGAAAAUGAUGAAGGAGAUGAACACAAAGGACAAGAUUCAGGGUCUGACGCUCCAGUUAUGGUAGAAGCCUCAAGAGACAUAGAUAUCAAACACACACCAAAGAAAUCUCACAAUAUACUCUCAGGUGUCGGAUCAAAGGUCAAGCACUCGAUUGCUAAGGUAAAGAAAGCCAUAAUUGGAAAGUCAUCCCCUCACCCAAAGCCUCCAUCUCCUAGAAUUGACAAAUAAGUUGGUCUUCAGAAACUUGUGUUCAUGUUAAAUCAUAUUGUAUUGUAAUAAAUUAAAGUGGAUAUUUGGUAUGUUCAUUUAUUGUGUGAAUAAAUUCAUGAUUGUAA